AUGGAUAUUUCCAGCAUCGGCGCCGGGGUUCUCAACGUGACCGACCGUUUCAACAAUCCAGACUCGCCGUCGCCACUAUACUAUUUGGAGGAUCGGAGCUCUUGGUACCACAAGCGCGCGAUUCUAUUUGUAUCUAUAUUCCUUGCCAUUUUCAUUGUACUGAUUCUUUGCGUCACCGUCUUUCUCCGCGAUCGCAACGUGAGUAUGAGCGAUGCGGGUGUUGAGGCAUUUGGCGACGGAGAUGAUGCAGAUUGGGAAGCAAAUCGGCACAGUGCGGUGCUGAAGAGUGCAAGGAACAAAAUGGAGCACAUUCCCCGCAAAUUUUCACGCGGUGUGCGAAGACGAUGGAAACGGCAUGGCUUGGCAAAAAAGCCCACCGUGCUCGAGGAAGACCACGAAAUGCCACCGGCACACCGCCCUGCACCAGGCUCGCCAGUCCCGAGCAUUGGCGCUACAGAGCCUGCGAUUGCGGGCGCGCUGGUUGUCUCAGCGCACGCAGACUCGGCGCCACAUGCGCAAGGUGUGCAAUCGGACAACUCUGCCGACGCCCGACUUUCCGACACUGCUCCUUUGCACAACGCACACACCCCGCUGGACCAGACUGAUGUCGAUGCCGUGGACGUAAUGGAGCAUACACAUGUGGUACAGCCCACUCCUCCAGCAUACGCUACGCAAGCACCGCCGCUUUUGAACAUUGCCGUGCCCAAUACGGGAAAACUAGAUGGCGCGGCAACGUUUGCGUCAGACGCGCCGCCAAGCAUGGACACGAACACUUCCACUGCACACGUCGCCACUGACGAGAAGUCUGCAUUCGACGCCCUUGUGCACGCGGCCAGUGCGCCGGCGAGCGCAGUCGCAAAUGCACUUCCAUCGGCGCCGCUGCCCGAUGCAGCGGAUGAAGGCGAUGUGCAUAGUACUGCUAAAGGCAAGCAGCGCGUCGAAUCGCCCAGCAGCCUACUUCCUGCACCACCCGAUGCUCCUACCAUGACUUUCACCGGCUUCGAUACAUUGCACGCUUCGCAAAAGGAGCAGGAAGCUGCGGAAGAGCGGGCUGCGCUUGGAGCGUUGCUUCCCUCGCAGCCAGGAGGUGAGCACGAUGCGGUUGUGCCACCGGUGUAUGUACCGACGGCGCCGACAUAUGACGCAGCCGCUCUUAACGAAUCCGCGGCGCCAUCUGCACCGGCCCUAACUGAACCACACCGAACAUCCCCGCCGCUUUGUUCCUCGGUACCCGACGCGCAAGAGUAG